AUGACUAAGGGUGAACAUGUGAAGAAAAGGGCUGCAGAAGUGGCAAGUGGUAGUAGGACAGGAAUGGAUGGCGGGGAUACACAUGCUAGUAGGUUUAAGAGGACUAAGACAACAAAGGGUGAAAAUGUGAAGAAAAUGACUGUAGAUGAGGCAAGUGGAAGUAGGACAGAAAUGGAAUGUGGGGAUACACAAUGUACUAGGGAGAGUGGGACUACACAAGUGACAAGGGAGAAGGGUAAUGUUGUAAUUCCCCAGUUUAAGAGGAGGAAAAAGAGUGAAAGGAUCAUCAAGAAAAUAUUGGGAACCCAAGUUAUAGGAAAGGAUGGAGAGGGUAACACUUCAGAAAAACCUGUCAACUUAAUGUAG